AUGACUCGAUAGUAUAACUCUGUUGCAAAUGCAUUCAAGGUGUCUUGUUAUAAAGUUGACUCUAGCGAGCAGAAUUUCAGAGAAUUAUCAACACCUUACACAUUUCAUACCUAUUACAUUACAAGGACAACGAAAUUUACUAUAAUAAAUGUCCGGUCUCGAGGAUAAAGCUCUUUGGGGAGAGGAGAUUUUGGGUGAGGAUGUUUCGAAAAUGUCAUACGACGAAAUUCUGUUGCGUACACGCGUGUUAGAUAACGAAAUUACAAUUAUGAAAACCCAAUUAAUACGCAUCGAGCAAGAUCUUCGGGUAGAAAAUAAUAAAAUUAAAGAAAAUACGGAGAAGAUUAAAGUAAACAAAACUCUACCUUAUCUGGUGUCCAAUGUCAUAGAGCUGUUAGAUGUUGAUCCUCAAGAUAUGGGUAAAGAGGAUGGGGCAGUUGUAGAUUUGGAUGCUCAAAGGAAGGGCAAAUGCGCGGUUAUUAAAACUUCCACGCGUCAAACAUAUUUUCUACCUGUGAUUGGUUUGGUUGAUGCGGAAGCGCUGAAACCUGGAGACUUGGUAGGUGUCAACAAAGACAGCUACCUUGUUCUCGAAACGCUGCCUGCCGAAUACGAUGCGAGAGUCAAAGCUAUGGAGGUGGACGAAAGACCUACGGAGCAAUAUUCGGACAUCGGUGGCUUGGACAAACAAAUUCAGGAAUUGAUAGAAGCCGUUGUCUUACCUAUGACGCACAAACAGAAAUUCGUAAACCUUGGUAUUCAACCUCCAAAAGGUGUACUUUUGUACGGACCACCGGGAACUGGAAAAACUUUGCUAGCCAGAGCUUGCGCCGCGCAGACAAAGUCUACCUUUCUCAAACUAGCUGGUCCGCAACUUGUUCAAAUGUUUAUUGGAGAUGGUGCGAAACUGGUAAGAGAUGCGUUUUCGCUUGCCAAGGAGAAGGCACCAGCAAUUAUUUUUAUCGACGAGUUGGAUGCAAUCGGUACGAAAAGAUUUGACUCUGAAAAAGCUGGUGAUAGAGAGGUACAACGUACCAUGUUGGAACUAUUGAAUCAAUUGGAUGGAUUCAGUUCAACUGCCGAUAUCAAAGUAAUAGCAGCCACGAAUCGUGUUGAUAUAUUAGACCCGGCAUUGUUAAGAUCUGGUCGUCUCGAUAGAAAAAUCGAAUUUCCGCAUCCCAACGAAGAAGCCAGGGCGCGUAUAAUGCAAAUUCAUUCGAGGAAAAUGAACAUGUCUCCUGACGUUAAUUUUGAUGAACUCUCCAGAUCUACCGACGAUUUUAAUGGCGCUCAAUGUAAAGCUGUAUGCGUAGAAGCUGGGAUGAUAGCGUUGAGGCGUAACGCGACUGCGGUUACACACGAAGAUUUAAUGGAAGCUAUCAACGAGGUUCAAGCAAAGAAGAAAGCGAAUCUUAGCUAUUAUGCUUAAUAUGCAUUAUCUGAAAAUUUAUUUGAUGAGAUAUUUUCUUCUUUAAUUACUAAGAACAAAGAUCGUUUAAUUAUACAAAAAAAAUUUCAAUAAGAAAUAAGUGUACGAUGUUUAUAAAAUACUUGGAAAAUUAUAAAAUAAUUUUUCUUAUCCC